AUGGCUGGCCAUGUGCAUCGUCUUCGUGCUUCGUGCGCCGUUUCGCAUGCCGUGCGGCGAUGGCCACGUGCUGUGCCGUCGAGAGCGAGCGAUCAACAGCGAGCGAUCAGACUGCCGCGGCCACAACAAGAUUGGAGCAGGUGCUUUGGGACGCGAGGUCCGUUGCUGCAGUUCAUCCCGUCCAGGACCUUGGCGACUGCCGUGGGGAAGGCAAGCCGUUGGAGCUCGUUGCCCAGCUCAGAGCGUGAAGCCUGGAAGGUCUUGGGGGUUGAUGAGAUAGCUUGGGAGCACUUGAAGGAUGGAAGACUUGGAACGCACCGUCCACGCGCUGUCCUGCGACCUUUUGAGCGUUUGACCAGCGAAGAGCAGGCGGCGGUGCUGCAUGGGCUGCGGCAGGACGCAUUUGCCUGGAACGCUUUCGUGGAGAAGCUCACUUCACAAGAGCUGGAGGUUGCAGAUCAGAAGGUAGGACGAUCUGGGGCCGUGGCUGAAGUUUCAGCCAGCAAGGGCUCAGUGGUGGAUUCAAUCAUUGGUGCAGCUUGGCGCCUGACCAAGCGCUAUGGCCCCGCCCUGGGCGCCCUCUUGGCAGAUGCUGCCCCUGCGCCUGGCCGCGCAGGAUCCGCGCGAGCGGGCGCUGGUGGUGUGCCGGUGAAGGGGGGCGGUGCUGCGGUGGCGGUUGGAGUGGUUGGACAGCUGCUCGAGCUGUUGCCGUGGGCGUUGGACUUGCGAGAGGGGCCAGUGAAGGUGGAUGGCUUGGAAACAGUCCUUUAUCUGGAUGACUCAGCGUCCAUGAGUGGACAGAACCUCUCGGAGGCGAAGGCCGCUUUGAGGAAGAUGGCCCACCUUCUGCAGGACAGCCCCACGCGUGUCUGCACGUUUGCGGACCACAAGCAGGUCAUCGUCCCGCGGGAGGAGCCGCGGAGCCGACGCAGCGCGGAGAACGGUGCGCGCAGCCUGGUCGUCGUGGAGGAGGGUGAGCAAGGAAAGUACUUCAGCCCCAAGUUUGACAGCUUGAAUCCUGAGAUCCUUUGCCUGCAGUGGAAGGGGAAGUCAGCAGGCACCUACAUGUGGCACAUGAUCUUGACAGAUCUGCGAGACAAGUACAUCCCCGGCAACGGCAAGCUGCGCGUCAUCGUCAUCACUGAUGGCUUGGAUGUGAGCAGCCCGCAUCCAUAUCACGGCAUCCAGGGCAUGGAUCCGAUGAUGAAGGAGUUGUUGAAGGAUGGCUAUGACAUCGAAUGGCACAUCGUUGUGGUGGACAUUCCCAGAGGUCCCUUCAUGGGGCCCAUGAUCCAAAGGUCUGACACUGCGAAGUAUGAGGCUCUUGCAGAAGUCACGGGAGGAGGUUUCCUUCAUAUCGACGAGCCAGGGGUGAUGGAUGAGUUCAACGCCAGGCACUUCUUAAGUUCUUUGGAAAAAGUCAUGACUGGCGCCGAUGCCAGCAUUUUGGAGAAUGAUGACUUCAAGAAACAACAGGGCAAGAGCGCCGAGUUCUUGCGACGACUCCACGCCAGCAACCGCCACGUGGACGACCAAGACCAGGACCUUCGUCGACGGCAACAGCAGCUUGAAGACUACACGCGCGGGUCCCGCGACGCCCGCGGGUCCAGCCGGUCCGAGCUGCCGUUAUCCCAGGUCCUGCACCGGGCACCUGAUGGCUCCAUCAUCCUGCAGGAGAACGCCCACUUUGUCUUCGGUGGCGACGCGGUGGAUCACUAUCCGGGCGACUUGCAGAUCUUGGAUGACCUGCUGGACCUGAAGCGCCGCUACGGCGAGCGGGUGCAGUUCAUCGUCGGCAACCGAGAUGUGAACAAGCUUCGGCUCCCCUUCGAGCUCUCAGAGGCUUUCAUUGAGAAUUGGCCUCUCAAGGAGCACCCAGGUGUCUACUGGCUCCCGACGAAGCGCCCCAGAGACGUGCUCUCGGAGGAGAUUCUGGAGACCAACGCGCCGACGGAGCACCUGAAAUGGAUCUUGAAGGAGACCUUGGGUGCUGGAAAUGCGUUCGAGAGCCGCCGGGCUGAGCUGAAGCGAAAAGAUGGAUGCCUUGGCACGGACGAGGAGGUCUUGCAGAGCUUCGUGAAGGAAGCCAGCCCCGGAGGUCGCCUCUUCGAGUACUUGACCUUAGCCAAGCUGGCCGUCCAGAUCGGCGACGCCCUCUUUGUGCAUGGCGGCCUUCCUCGCGCGGACCUCACGUGGACGCCUGGAUGGCUGCCACCCGCUGGCGAGCGACGCCCGGUGCGCGAGUGGCUGAAGGGACUGGAUCGGUUCAAGACGGAGCAGUUGGCACAGGUCCUGAGCGCUACAGAGCUGCCAAAGGCCGCGCAUUCCAUGGAAGGAGGCUAUGCCCAUCCACAGCCAGCUGCAGGCUUGAUGCAGUACAUGAUGCGGGACAUGCCUGAUGGUUCUCGACAGCCGAGCAUCAUCUACAACGGAUUUCUAGGUGAUGACUAUCAGCCGUUGAAGUUGGACGCGGCCAUGCUGCAGUGGCUUCGUGCUGGGGGCAUCCGCAGGAUUUGCUCGGGACAUUUGCCCCACGGAGAUUCGCCUCUGGUUUUGCGUUUCGAGGAGGUCACUGCCAUCACAGCGGAUCUCUCUUACGCCAAGCAAGUGGAGUGGCCGGGGGAAAUGGUGAAGGAGCAGGCGGUGGCAGAGGUUGUGCUGGAACAGGAGGACACCUUUCUCCACGGCCUCCUCUCCACCGGCGCACGCUACGAGGCGCGUCUGUCGGACGCGGCCAUCGGCAUGGUGGACCCAGAGGGCUGGCGAGUGAAGGGCCGGGUGCAUGGGCAGCUGCUGCUGAGCCGGAACCAGGGCUGGGACUUCGAGGGGCGCCUGACAGCGGAUGCCGACAUGGAGCGGGUCCUGCUCGCGGAUGGAGCGGACGGUUCCAGCGAAAAAGACGGCUGCUGGACUGGGGAGGACGCCUGA